UAGAGGAGGCUGCUAGACGUGCGGCAGAACGAGGACCCGACGUGGCGUCCGUCCAGCUGCCUGCUGCAGCGGUGAAGGACCAGGUGCAGACAUGCUGUUCAGUAUACACCCCAUGGACGGCUCUGCUGGAGUGGCACGUUGACAUGCUGGAUGAGUAUCACCCCGGCAGGUCCAGCGGAAAACGCAGUGCAUAAUGAUGCUAAGGAAUUUUUGUGAGGAACUAAAGUAGCACUGACUGGCAAAUGUGUUUCCAUUGGCCCGUGACAGGUGUCCUUUGUGUCUCAGAUCCCUGUGGCCUUCCCACGGUCGAAGCCAACUCUCUGAGCCGUAGCUUGGUCAUGUACGCCUGCAACAAGAACGUGGAACUGGCCAUCCAACAUGGCAUCCGCCAGCCUGCCCCACUCCUCCUCGGUGCUCAUCACAAACGGCCAGAGCAAGGCAGCCUCCAGCACCCUGCUCCUCAGCAUCUUUACCCCCAAUGCGCUCAUGAUCGCCAUGCAUGCAGACGGCUCCCUGAAUCAGUGGGCGGUCAGCUUAGCCAAGGAGUCGGCCUUCUCAACCGUUCUUAGCGUGUCGCACAAGUCGCGCUACUGCGGCCACUGCUUCCACCUCAACAACCUGGCCUGCCACUCCCUGCUGCCCCUGCUCCUCACCACCUCGCACCACAAUGCCAUGCGCACCCUCGACAUGGACAGUGUCAUGGCCACCCUCUCCCAGCCCAUCAGGGGCAGGCCCUGCCGGUUGUCCCUGGGUGCCAUGUCGAAGGAUCCAAAUGCCAUUUACAGCAAGCUCAUCCUGUGGAAGGUGGACCCGGUGGAGCCCUUGUCCUUCUCUGGAGGGGUAUCUGAGCUAGCCAGGAAAAACUCUCUCCACUCCUACGCCUUCUCCAACAUAGCCUGGCUGCCCACACUCAUCCCUAGCAACUGCCUUGGUGUCUACUGCAACUCAACCAGUGCCUGCUUCGUGGCCAGUGAUGGUCACUCACUGAGGAUAUACCAGGCGGUUAUUGAAGCCAAGAACUACUCAAUGAGUUCUACAACCCUGAGAAAUCAGGGAACAAGUCUUCUCCUGUCUGUCUUAAAGGCCUCCACAUUUGGAUUCAUUUGGGGGAAUGUUUCCCCCAAAACCUUCAAGAAGCUGCUCUCGUCCUGACCAUAGGGCACUUUGAUCUGCCUCACAGGAUACUCUAAAGAUACUGAGAUAUGGAAACAUGAUUUAAAUCUAAUUUUAAAAAAUCAUAAUAUAGAACAGGGACAGUCCAUGAUCUUUAAAUCAGUAAAAUAACCUUCAAUAAGUCUAUGUUUAAUCUCAAGACAGAUUCACACCUAGCUUACUUACAAAGCAAGCACUGUGCAUCGCACUGUGUCCUCAUGCAUAUAGGGAAAAUGUACCUAUCCUGUUCAGCUGCAGGAUGUUAGGGUCAGCGAUGCUUCUCCCGGGUUUGCCGCCUUUGGACUCCAGCAAUAUUCCAUCUCCUGAAUGAUUGAAAUCUGACAUGUGCAAACGCUAUAAAAGUUACAAUAAUGACACUCAGCAUAGUCGACGGCGCACAUACUCGCGCCCCCCGUGGUAACGUUAGCUGUUGCAAUCAUUAGCUAGCUAACAUUACUAGGUAGUUGUGCCGGUUAAUGUUGACUUUUGCCAGGUAUUACCUAACCUACCAGAAUUAAUCCUACCUUUGAACCACCCGAUCCUCCUGGGGUGGUUGUAAAGGUGGUUGCACUUCGCUGGCAAAAUGUAAAAAGCAGUCAUGUUUUCAAGACAUGACUUAGUCAUUUGUUGGUGAUGAUGAAUGAGAAGUUUUUCAUAUAGUGAUUGGCCAACAUUUGCAUAUAGUUAUUUGACAUGUAUCUUUUUGACACGCAAAGACCCAAACAGAGUUCCAUGCCAAUAAUAUAUGUAAUAUAUGCCAUUUAGCAGACGCUUUUAUCCAAAGCGACUUAGUCAUGUGUGCAUACAUUCUACAUAUGGGUGGUCCCGGGAAUCGAACCCACUACCCUGGCGUUACAAGCGCCAUGCUCUACCAACUGAGCUACAGAAGGACCACCAAUGCUCCUGAUAGGAAACAUCACUGCACUCUAUACUCCUCGGUAAACUGGUCAUCUCUGUAUACCCAUCGCAAGACCCACGGGUUGAAGCUUAUUUAUAAAACCCUCUUAGGUCUCACUCCCCUCUAUCUGAGAUAUCUACAGAGGCCCUCAUCCUCCACAUACAACACAUGGUCUGCCAGUCACAUUCUGUUAAAGGUCCCCAAAGCGCACACAUCCCUGGGUAGCUCCUCUUUCAGUUCACUGCAGCUAGCGACUGGAACAAGCUGUAACAAACACUCAAACUAGGCAGUUAUAUCUCAAUCAUGGACACUCUUACUGACAGUUGUGGCUGCUUUGUGUGAUGUAUUGUUGUCUCUACCUUCUUGCCCUUUGUGCUGUUGUCUGUGCCCAAUAAUGUUUGUACCAUGUUUUGUGCUGCAACCAUGUUGUGUUGCUGCCAUGCUACAUUGUCUUAGGUCUCUCUUUAUUGUAUUGUGUUGUCUCUCUUGUCAUGAUGUAUGUUUUGUCCUAUAUUUUUGAUCCCAGACCCCCUAGGAGACCUUUUGGAAGGGCGUCAUUGUAAAUAAGAAUGUUCUUAACUGACUUGCCUAGUUAAAUAAAAUAUGG